AUGACUACCACAAGAAGCCAUCGUCAUAGAGAAGGUAGAGAACAGGAGCCCACCAGUACCAUCACCACUAGAUUUGAGGGCACACCACCACCCUCUCCAAACCUAAAUCACACCAAGGAUGAUGAGUCCCAAGGCACACCAAACCCACGAGCUGGUACAAACGAACAACAAGUACAAGAAGGAGUGGUUGUAACUACAUGUGCUGGUGAUGACAAUGACGAUGAUGAUGAUGAUGACAACAUUGAUGAUGAUGACAUCUGCCCAAUCCUUGAUAUGAAGAACAAGGAAGUUUCAAGCUUAGCACAACAGAAAUCUGCCCUUAGACACCUUUCAACAUUCCUGGCAAAGUACUGGACCCAAUCAGAAACCUUCAAGGAUCUAUCGGCCUUGGACAAAAAGGAGCUGUACAAGUAUGUCACUGAUGAUGACUUGAACAGAAAUCUCAUUGGUGCCUUCUGCAACUACCUUUCUGACGCCAAAGCCAAAGGACACAGCAGAGACAACAAGACACUAUCACACCAGACCACGCAAAAUUACAUUUCCCAGGUAUGUGGAUACUUUGUAUAUCACUGUCCCCACCUGUCUGAAGAGAAAGUCAACCACUGCUUUGGCAAGUCACCAUUCUUGACCAAGUGCCGAGAUGCUAUGAGGAAGAAGAUAAGUGACCGAAGUAAAGAGCAUGGGAUCCCUCUAGUGGUCCCAAAAUCUGGUGCCACUAAAGAUGACUGGAUUGCAAUAGCUUGGAGUUGUGUCCUUCAAGGAUCUGCUGAUCUUGCUGAAUUUUGGUCACUAUGCAUCGCUUUGACCCAGUUGGCAUCACGAGGCAAUGAAAUGGGAUACCUGAAGCACCAACAUGGAAGGGUUGUUGAUUGCCCAGACGGUGGUCAGCACAAUGUUGCUGCAGCCUAUGAUGUAAUUAACUUCAAGCAAGCUGGGACCUCCCAGCUAAUGCAUAUCUUUCCACAUGCAACACACUGGGAGCUUGAUUACCUAUUUGCAGUAGCGUACCACAUGGCGCUCACUGACUCUGGGUCUGACUAUGUAUUCCCCCGUACAUCAGAAGCAGCUUUGAAGAGCAACAAGGACAACAAGAAUGACUCGACCGGUGUCUCCAAGGUCUGGAGUGAAAAAUUCAAACAAGUGCUUUCGCAGAUAGAGAAAGUAAAAGAAGCCAUGAAAGCAAGUGGUACUUCUAGUCGGCACCACACAUUCACACCAAAUCUCUGUUCCCAUUCGGGAAAAAAGUAUGCCCUGAAUGAGAUGGGAAGGACACUAAGUCCCAUUUAUCUCAUUUUCCGUGCAGGAUGGACCAUCCAAAACCUCCACACACUCUUUGACUACCUCAUCAGAGAUGCCCAUCAUGAUGUGAAGGCAGCCAAGACAUGUGCUGGGUGGACAGCAAAGUGGAACGACGAGAUCUGGGGUGGCUUCUCCAACUUUCUUGAAGACUUGGAUCCAGCAACAACCGACCAAUUUGAUGCAUUUACAAAAUAUCUCUUCCGCAAUCAAUAUGACAAAAUGGAUACACAAUUGCGCCAUCUGCAUGCAUUCAGUGUCCUGCGGUUCUACAAUGAUUUCACCAGCUUUCUAAAGGAAGCAGACAACAAUGAUGCUGAGCAUACAUUUGUUAUCCGGGUUAAAUCCUCCCUUGACGAAGCAGGGGUCAGUGAUGAAGUGUUCCAGAAGUGGCAGGAAGACACCACUCUGGCGUUCAAGAAGAGGAACUUUUUUGGAAUGAGCCUGAAAGAAGUUCCGGAAAUGCUUGUCAAUUCCAAGCCACUCCUUGAAGACUUUAAAAAACUCAUUGGUGUGACCCGAAUCCAAGCUGAAAGAUCUGAUGUCUUGUCGACCAAAUUUGAGCAACACUCGACCAAAUUUGAGCAACACUCAACAAAAUUUGACGAACACUCCAUGAAAUUUGACAUUCUUGGAGCACAACUUGAUCGGGUGGAAUCCAAAGUUGAUCAACUGAUUUCCCUGUUGACUGGAAGUGCUGUUGGACAGCAACAAUUGGUAGGAGGAGGGGUAGAAGAGAACCAUGACACCAACUUGGUAUGCAAUCGUGAAAGGAACAAUCAUCAUGAGCCAGUCCCAACUUCCCAGCAUGGUAUAUCAAACAUAACACCAGUACCAUGGCCUGAUGAACCACGAAAAGAACUCAGAUAUGAUACCUGUUUCAAAAACAGGUAUUCGUCGGGCAAGCUUACAUGCCAAGCCACAUUCAAGUGUUGGUUCCAAGAUCAGCUGCCAGUCGCUUUCUACAAUAUGGACAAUGCUGCAAGGGUGAAGCACCGCAAUCACUUCUCUACCAGUAAAACAGUGGUCCACAUGAUGUUGAAGCACUUGCCGGAAUACCCUGAUCCCAAAGAUGAUUUGGAUGUGCUUGCUGAGAGAGCAAUGUCAGGUAUCCAGGAAUACCAUCACCUGGACAAGAAGCCUUCCAGAAACCAAAUGGCAUGUGGAAGAAGCAAAACAAGAACAAAAGAAGGUGUUCCCUCACUUUUCGAGAAAGGAGACUACAUGGGUGCAACUGUUGAUACACCGUUCAGUGUCAGUACACCACCAGAUGUUGUGGCUUUCUUCCUUGGCCGAGGAAACAAUCCAACUGGAAAGAAACGAAAGAUCAGUGACGCUGAAGAUGCAGACAUUGAAUAA